AGGGCCUCCCGGGGCGCGCGCAGCAUGGCGGAAGCGGAAGGGAGUUCAACGCUCCUGUUGCCGCCGCCGCCGCCGCCCCCUCCCGGGAUGGCGGAAGUGGAAGCGCCGACGGCGGCCGAGACGGACAUGAAGCAGUACCACGGCUCCGGCGGCGUGACCAUGGACGUGGAACGGAGUCGCUUCCCCUACUGCGUGGUGUGGACUCCCAUCCCGGUGCUCACGUGGUUUUUCCCCAUCAUCGGCCACAUGGGCAUCUGCACAUCCACUGGAGUCAUUCGGGACUUUGCUGGCCCCUAUUUUGUCUCGGAAGACAACAUGGCCUUUGGAAAGCCUGCCAAGUACUGGAAGCUGGACCCUGCCCAGGUCUAUGCCAGCGGCCCCAAUGCCUGGGACACAGCCGUGCAUGACGCCUCUGAGGAGUACAAGCACCGCAUGCACAAUCUCUGCUGUGACAACUGCCACUCACACGUGGCACUGGCCCUGAACCUGAUGCGCUACAACAACAGCACCAACUGGAACAUGGUGACGCUCUGCUUCUUCUGCCUGCUCUAUGGGAAAUACGUCAGUGUCGGGGCCUUCGUGAAGACCUGGUUGCCCUUCGUCCUCCUCCUGGGUAUCAUCCUCACCGUCAGCCUGGUCUUCAACCUGCGGUGAUGGCUGCCAGACCACGCCCCUCUGCUCACAGACCCCUUCCCCUCACUCCCAUGACAGGGUUGCUACAGGGGGGCUGGGCUGGGCUGGAUAGAAAGCUAGGAUGGGUGUUUCGUGUGUCUCACAGGCUGCUCAGAAGUCCCCUGCUCUUCCCCAGGGCUCAGGCCCCUGCCCUGUGGCCCCUCCUCUUCCUCCAGGAGGGCCUUACUUCCCUCACAGCUCCUGCCACUGCCACACCCAGGGCCGGGUGCAGACAAGGAGGGUGGGGACCCCGGCGGACUGCACUUCGGUGGUAGCUGUGUCCCCAGGGCGGUGGGGUGGGACCCCAAGGUCUGCACCUAGCUCCCCGGAGGGUUCCCAAGGCCUCCUUUGGUUGUCUGCCUGAGCUACCCUAGGGUACUUGCACUCCAUCUUCUGGUGUCCGCUAGCCUGGCAGCACCCAUCCCCUACUCCUAGGGCUUCCAACACGUAGGCCCAGCCCAGGUGGGGUUUUGUGCUGAACAUGGCGGUGUGUGGGUGGCCUGUCAGCAGCCAGUGCCAUCGGAGAGGGGAGGGAGCUGCUGUCAGAAAGGGCCCUGUGCUGCCCUCUCCCCCUGCUCCGCAGGCUCCUCUAUAAGGGGCUUCCUGGCAGGAAAUAAAGAGUUUUGAGUCUCUGA